AUGUCGUCAUCCGAUCGUCUAACUAAAAAUACGUCGAAUGGAAUGUUUGCUCACAAUAAUAUAGCAUCUACAUUUACAUGUGAUUGCGGACAAGAAUAUGAUAAUCAAAUCGCUUUGGACGAACAUAAGAGAAUGAACUGUCAAAAUCGAGGAUUUUUCUGUCAAUUAUGUGAUGAAAAGUUGCCAACCUCCGAAGCUAUGGGUGCUCAUUUAAUUCAAUGUGGUAAUAAGACUAUUAAAUGUUUCAGUUGUCAAAAAUACAUUCGACGAGGAGUCUAUGCCUAUCAUGUGGACAACAAUUGUAUCGAUCUAGAUGAAAACUAUACAAAUAGUAGCCGUUCUAACAGAGAUAAUUCAAGUUUUCAUCGACAAGACACUUCAUCAAGUAGUAUGGGCACAAAAGGAACUGAAUUGGAACCUUUAGAUGAAAUGAAUACGUCUUUUAAAAGAUUAGAAUUAAAUUCAGAUAGAAAAUUGGUCAACACUUCAGAGAAACAAACAGUACAGCCCAAAGAGAGUGCAAUUUCAUCUUUACACGGCAAAACUUCACAGAUACAAGAAGAUUUAUGUAAGGAUUAUUAUUCAAUCGAAGUAAAUCAUAUUACAGAAAAACUUCAAUUCAAUAUUAUUCUUAUGGGUUCACCACGUGUUGGCAAAAGCCAACUUAUUAAUGCAAUAUGUAACGGUGAGAAUAAAGCUGAAACAAGUUCUAGUUUGAAUUCAUGUACAAAAGAAGUAUCAUGUUAUUUUUUGGAAGAUAAUCAACAACAAAUGCCUGGUAUAAAACCAUUUCGAGUUAAUUUUUAUGAUACACCCGGUAUCGAAUCAUGGGCUAAUCAAGGUGGUGUAACGACUAUGCUUAAAUUUAUUGAAGAUAAAGAUCCUAUUUGUGUUAUGUAUUGUGCUGCACCUGGAACAUUUGCUGAUUUAUCACAAGUUCGUCCGGUAUUGAAAUUUUGUCAGGAAAAAAGAAUUUUUUGGGCUUUCGUCUGUACGAAUAUGUGGUCAAAUGUUUCUCGAAAAGAAGUUAUUCGUGAAUUUGAAAAAGAAUUGGCUAUUUUCGGUGAUGGGACUGAGAAAUUCUUUGAUCAAUUACAUUCUCGCAUUCCUCACAAAGUAACAAUUUUUGGUAAUAAUGCACUUUGUACAAUGGUCAAUUCAAUCGAAUUUUAUGAUCCUGAUUAUUCACCCGAAAAAAAACCAGUACAAGGUAUUGAUGAACUUAUUCAUUGUAUAAUGGACGCACUCGAUAAUGAUAAAUUACUUGGCUGGUGUAGUGCUGUAUUAUACCGUCGUAGUUAUUGGGAAAAGUUUAGUCAGAAGCUUACGGGUUUUGUUUCACUUCGUAUGAAAAAUAUACAAAAUAUUACCAGUGGAUCGAUUCAGUCAAUUGCAGCAAAUACGAUGAUGUCUAUUUUUAGCAUGAUCCGAAAACGUUCAGUAUAA